AUGGCCAGCAGCAGAGAUUCAGACAGCGAGCCGGCAGUGCCCGAGGAAGAGGAGGAGGAGGGCCCGGAUGUGAAGGCUGUGCAGGCCCAUUACCUGCGCAGUCCCUCGCCCAGCCGGUUUUCGGUGAUAUCAGACACUGAUACAGAGAGCAUCUUCAUGGAGCCAAUCCAUCUGUCAUCUGCUGUGGCUGCCAAACAAAUCAUCCAUGAAGAGCUGAAGACGAAGGAAGUCAGGGUAGACUCAGUGUGUCCCAGGAUGUUGGAGUCUGCACAGCAGCUGAUGGUGGAAGACCUGUACAACCGAGUUAAGGAAAAGAUUGAUGACACCAGCUUGUUUAACACGCCGUGUGUGAUGGACUUGCAGAGGGCACUCAUGAAGGACAGGCUGGAGACCCCCAGGGAUGCUGUGGAUGAAGUCUGGCCUAAUGUCUUCAUAGCAGAGAAAAGCGUUGCAGUGAACAAAAGCCGUUUGAAGAGACUGGGGAUCACCCAUGUCCUGAACGCAGCUCAUGGUACAGGUGUCUACACAGGACCAAGUUUCUACAAUGGUCUCAACAUCCAGUACCUAGGCAUUGAAGUGGAUGAUUUUCCAGAUAUGGAUAUCUCCAAACACUUCCGCCCAGCUGCAGAGUUCCUUGAUGAAGCACUGCUGACUUACAGAGGCAGAAUCCUUGUCAGCAGUGAGAUGGGGAUCAGCCGCUCCGCUGUGCUGGUGGCUGCUUACCUGAUGAUCUACCACCAUAUGACCAUUCUGGAGGCUCUGAUGACCCUGAGGAAAAAACGUGCCAUCUACCCCAACGAUGGCUUCUUGAAGCAGCUGCGGGAGCUCAAUGAGCAGYUGUUGGAGGAGCGGGAACUGGAGCAUUCUGGAGACGAGGAUGUGACCCCGAGCCAAAGUCCUCAUGAUUACGCUGGUGCUUCUUCGCGGCUGUCUGGAGCUGGGGACUCAGGGAGCAUCAAGGGAGCCAAAGCCCACUCCAUCACAGUAGAAGAAGAGGACACCAGCAGCAUGCUGGGUAGUUUUAUGAGCUCUUCAUCAGUGGAAAAAACUAGCUGGGUUUCCAAACACUCCACCCUGAUCACUGAGGAGGAAGAGGAACAGCUGUAUGAGGAAUGGAGGAAGAAGCAAGGCCUAUCUGCAAAGGAAUUGGGAGUUCACCGUGAAAGAAGAACAUCUCUGGAUCAGGAAGAGGAACAAUCUGAUGAGGAUGUGGAACAGAGGAUCCAUGACUGGCAGCGCAGAAAUGAGAAAUACCAAAUGGAGGGUACAGCCAGGGAGGAGGAUGGUGAGUGCAGCAUGGGAGGAAGACCUUACCCAUCAGGCAAAUUCAGUGAUGUUGAGAGUGUGAGCAGUUUUGAGAUUCGAACCCUAAAAAAACAGCUGGAAGCCAGUAGCUUUAGCAGGACGAGGAGGAGCCGCACAGGCUCUAUGUCUUCUGAGAGCACUUGGGACAUGUGGAAUCAGAGGCUUCUGGAGAUUGAGAAAGAAGCUGCUCAGAGGUAUCAUUCUAGGAAUAAAACUUGUGGGGAGAGACAGUCCCCAGAAACAGGAAGAAAGGAGAGGGAUCUGGAUGAGGAGAGUGUGUUUUCAGAUUCCUCCUGUAGUUCCUUUUACAAUUUCUGCCAAAAGAACAAGGACAAGCUGACUCCUCUAGAAAGGUGGAAGAUCAAGAGGAUCCAGUUUGGCUUUCACAAGAAGGAUUUAGAACCAUCUGCAGCAGAAGAUGGCAGCCAGGCAGGUCAGGAGGAAACAGAAGGGAAGAGUUUGUCAGAUAUUGAUCUGACUGCUUACCAGGCUUGGAAGAUGAAGCGGCAGAAGAAGGUGGGCAGUGAAAGCAGCAAGGAGGAAUUUGUGGAAUUUGCCAAAACUGAGGAUUCUGCUUCAGCUAAAAAGAAGCAGAGGCGUGUAGAACUCCUUGAACGUUCAAAGAAAAUUUUAGAAGAAAGCCAGUCCAUGUGUAGCUGGGAGACAGAGAGUACRAUGAGUGGGAGUAUUCCCCUGUCAGCUUUCUGGCCUUCGGCACCUUCUGCAAGUGGUGCCGAUGAUGCAGCUUCUGCCCUGAGCAUGCAGACAAAUCGUUCAUCUUUGUCACAGACCAGGAGUUGUACAGCAGCAGUGCAGYCUCAGAUGCCCAAUAUAUCCCUUCCCAAUCUCGCAGUUGGCCCAGGUGACACAAUAUCCAUGGCAAGCAUUCAGAACUGGAUCGCUAACGUGGUCAGUGAAACCAUUGCUCAAAAGCAAAAUGAGAUCCUGAUGCUGUCCCGUCCAUCGUCUGCCAUGGCCUCCCUGUCAGGAGACCUUGGCAGGCAUGCAGAUGAUGACAAAGUUUCUCUUCUCAGUGCUCAGAGUGGCUCAUCCCUUGCUGCCUCGCAGCUCCACCAGCAGGAGCUGCGCAGGGCUGAGUCUCAGUCUGUGCUGUCUUGCAACACCUCCAUGAGUGCAAGGACGGAAGGAGCUACUUCAAACACAAGGACAGYACAGUCAAGCAAGCCACUGUAUAGCCUCUUUGUUGAUGAUGUUGACCUAAAGAAACUCAGCAGGAAGGAGAAGGAGAUGCAAAUGGAAAUGAGAGAAAAAAUGUCAGACUAUCAAAUUGAAAAGGUGAUCAGAGACAAUAAACGUAGCACUUUAUUUAAAAAAAAGGUGACCAAAGCAGAGGAAGAUGAAACAGAAGACCCCAUGGAGAGUACAAUGAACAACCACAGGCAUCCCUUGCAAGCAGAUUUUGACAGAACUGAUGCUGUCUUGGGUGCACCGAAGUCAGAAACAGAUACAGGUAUUACCAAGUGGCUCAAUGGCCUGAGAGCAGAAAGGGAACCACCGUCAUAUUAUGAUCAAACUGAGAAAGCUAGAGAGAAAUAUAGUAGAUCAUCCAAAGUUAGACAGAUGGAUUCUGAAACAUCCAGUUACAGAUUCUGCAGAUCCCAAAGAAAAGAGCUAGAUAGCUGUUCUUCCUACGAGUCAACAGGAGAUUCACUGAGAACCAUGUCAAGAUUUUCCUCUGCUUCUGCAAAAGAGGAUAAAAAGCUGUACAAGUUCACAAGAUCCAGGGUCAGUGAGACAAGUUCCAGAGGCAACAGCCCAGAGCUGCAUGUUUUCAGCCAGUCACCUGAGCCACCCUUUGACUCUGAAUCCCCUGAACCAUCUACACAGAGCCGAGUUAGAUCUCAUCAUGUGGAGGCAUGUGAAGAGGAGACCAGGUCAGAUGUGUCAGAGUUUGGAGCAAAGAGAAAGUUCCAGAGCUUUUCAAAGUCUGAAGAGGAUGGAAAGAAGGAGGCAAAAGUGGAGAAAAGUGAAGAAAGGUUUGCAUCUAGGCAGGUCUCUCAGUACAGACGAAGCACACGUAAAGAAGAGGAAGAAGAGAUGGAUGAUGAUGCCAUUAUUGCUGCUUGGAGAAGCCGACUAGAAGAAACUACAGCAAAGCUCCAGCGGAGAAGGGAAGAGUGACCAAGAUCAGACCACAGAAACACAAGCAGAGCCACAGAGUCCCUGAAUCACUCGCUCAUCAUUAUAUUUUUGAUAAUCCUUUGUGGUUURUAGGGCAUUUCCUGCAGAUAGUUCUCUUCUUAAUCAAAAGCGAUGAAGAGAAGAGGUCAAGUUCUGCAAGUGUUUGUGGUUUGUCAGAAAGAAGAUGCUGGUAUUAAAUGAUCAAUGUAGGUAGGAACACAAUGUUAGAAGCCAUUAGAAAUCAGACAAUGUUU